ACCUGGGACAGGUGAGAAGAGGCUGCUGGCUCGCCUGCUGGGAGAGGGAAGGGCCGGGCCGGGCCGUCGAGGAUGGCGCUGUGUCCGGCCGUGCCACCGUCGUGGCGCUACGGGUUGCUGGUGGGCGCCUACGGGCUCUUCCUGCUGGUGGGCGCCGCCGUCUUCGCGGGCCUGGAGGCGCCUCCCGAGCGAGCCCUGCUGGCCGCCCUGCACGACGCCCGCGCCCGCCUGCUGGCCCAGCACCGCGCGUGCCUGUCGGAGGAGAGGCUGGCCGGCCUCCUGGAGCGCCUCAUCGACGCCGGCAACUACGGCGUCUCCGGCCUGGGCAACGUCUCCGGAGACGAGAACUGGGAGUUCACCUCGGCGCUCUUCUUCACCGCCAGCGUCCUCACCACCACAGGUAGGUCGUCGAGCUCAGCUCGACGGGGCAUCCCUUUCCUUUUGGAGCGGCGCAGGCAGAAAACCAACCGGGAGAGACUCCAGCUGCCCUCGGCUGCCCAAGCACACAGCUCCCUGAUCCAGUCUCAGGCAGCAAGGAUGGAGGAACGGUCCUGACCGCCCAGCUGUUGGGGGGGAGCCACUGUGGUGCAGCUAGACCAGGGUUCAAAUCCCCACUUGGCCAUGAAGCUCGCUGGGUGACCGUGGGCCAGUCACUGCCUCUCAGUCUGGUUGUUGUGGGCAUUAAAUGGAAAGGAGGAGAACCAUGUACAGUGGUACCUCGGGUUACAUACGCUUCAGGUUACAGACUCUGCUAACCCAGAAAUAUUACCUUGGGUUAAGAACUUUGCUUCAGGAUGAGAACAGAAAUCGUGCUCCGGCGGCGCGGCUGCAGCAGGAGGCCUCAUUAGCUAAAGUGGUGCUUCAGGUUAAGAACAGUUUCAGGUUAGGAACGGGAACGAAUUAAGUACUUAACCCGAGGUACCACUGUACACCCCUUUGAGCUCCUUGGAGGAAAAGAUGGGACAAAAAGGCAGAAUUAAUGAUGAUGAUGCUACAGGAGAGCCACCUGCCCCGUGCCUGGCAGUGGCUGGCUAAAGUCUCCUGCAAACAAAGGUCUUUUGCUCUCGCCUGCUCCCUGAUCCUUUGAGCUGGCGAUGUUGGGGAUUGAACCUGCAUCUUUCCGUAUGCCAUGCCAGGCACUCUGCUCAUUGAGGUUCCUUCUGCAUGGCAAGCUUCGCACAGAGAAACAUCCCUUUUAUUUAUUUACCUAAUGGUAAUUUAAAGGCAUAUUGGCCAUUUAUGAGCUAUGUUGUUAUAGUCUUACAACACCUUACAAUGUCAUACAAGCAAGCAAAAAAUUUUUUAAAAAAUAAAACACCCCAAUCUAAACCAGAAGAUGAAGUUAAGGUAAUGCAUCAGAAAUCCCUGAUAAACAUUCGUGUAGAGGGGAAUAUAUAGUUUAUGCUAACCAAAAAGCCUGGCCACUAAUAAAAUAUAACUUAUUAAGAGAUUAAGUUGUUGGUUAGGGUUAAAUAGAUUGAGCAAUGCCAGCACUGGGCAUUUACAGGUAUUUUGCAUAGUUGUUGCUUUUAUUUCAACAAAUACUUCCUCCCAGAACUGAGCCACAUGUGCAUGUCCACCACAUACAUUGACUCAAGCCUUUAUAAACAAAACAAAAGUAUUAUCAGUCAUUUAUAUCUUGCCAGGACUUUGCAAUCAGUGUAAACAGAACGUGGGUAUAAAAUGUGCCAGCAUUAAAACUGAAGAGCAAAUACAAAUGCCAGUAAAACCAAGACCAUAAAUAAAAACAGCUGCGUGGAGAAGGGUUUCCUCCACUGGAUAGCUCAGCUGGCUAGAGCAUAGUGUUGAUAACACCACAGUUGUGGGUUCGAUUCCUGUAUGGGACAGCAGCACGUUUCUGCAUUGCAGGUGGUUGGACUAGAUGAUCCUCAGGGUCCCUUCCAACUCUACAAUUCCAGACCCUCCAAGUGUCCCUAUUUUCCAGGGACGUCCCUGAUUUAGAGAAGCCAUCCCGGUUUGAUUUGAUCCUGGAAUGUCCCACUUGGAAUGUCUAAGGUAAAGGUACCCCUGCCCGUACGGGCCAGUCUUGACAGACUCUAGGGUUGUGCACUCAUCUCACUCUAUAGGCUGGGAGCCAGCGCUGUCCGCAGACACUUCCGGGUCACGUGGCCAGCGUGACAAGCUGCAUCUGGCGAGCCAGCACAGCACACGGAAUGCCGUUUACCUUCCUGCUGGUAAGCGGUCCCUAUUUAUCUACUUGCACCCGGGGGUGCUUUCGAACUGCUAGGUUGGCAGGCGCUGGGACCAAACGACGGGAGCGCACCCCGCUGUGGGGAUUCGAACCACCGACCAUGCGAUCGGCAAGUCCUAGGCGCUGAGGUUUUACCCACAGCGCCACCCGCGUCCCCUUGGAAUGUCUACCGCAGACUAAACAUAACGUCUUCCGCAGACUAAGCAUAACCAGCUCUAUUCCACACAAUAAUUCGUUUCCAGACCCCCUCACUUGCCUCACUUGUCCUCCUCUGGACAUGCUCCAGUUUGUCAAGACCCUUCACAAAAUGUGGUGCCCAGAACAGCACUCGCGAUGCAGCCUGACCCAGCACAGAAUAGGGUGCCACACUUAUUUCUCGUGAUCCUGCCUAACCAUGUGUAUCUAGGAACACGGCCUGAUUCCAACUCUUAAAGGCAGUGAGCCAUCAGGUCGCCAUGGGCUAAUAGUAUGAAAAGCCUUUAUUAUCCUAGAGGGCACGUUAGAUUCUCAGUGUCAGGAUAACGCAGAACAAUAGUACAUUGCAUUACCGUUCCACAAAACAAAUUAGAAUGGAGGUUGCUCUUUCCUGGCUAAAACACACCCAUUUUGUGUUCCUUUUUCAAACUGGGUACAUCCAUGGAUGAGCUUUGUUUGGACAUGUUAUUCCGCCUUUCCAGAAAACAUGAGCAAAUACGUUCUUUGCAAAUUAUGAGCAGAGUUCCCAAUCUGUUAACAAUCCAUAGAAACGGUGGCCUGGGGUGGCACCUUAAUCACGUGCAGAGGUCAGGGAAUAGCAUUUUUCCUGUGCCAUAAUGCAACUUCUUCUGCAACUGCUGAUCCUUAGAUAGCCAAAAACUCUAUCACACUCCUACAAAAGGAUGGGAAUUGUGGUGCCAAGCAGGUGGAAUGCCCCUGGUUGGGGAAGGCGACUUUAUUCAAAAGAAAGAACUGGGUGCAGGAGAUGGUUGUGUUCAGAAAGUACAACUGGCCAUUGGUGCCUGCAAUCCCCUGUGCUUUAGCCAGCACAGUUUGGUUUAAUGGUGGCAUCAGGUAGGCAGUCCCACCUCACCUGCGAAAAUGGUCCAAGAGGCUUGGAGGAAGUCAGGAUCCACCCACCAACCAGCUCCAGCUCCCCAUCCACAAAGGGGAAAUGAACUUUUGUAUGGCAGUAGAGGCAUUAAAAUGUGCCCCAUGCCUUAUACCAGAGUUAUUUAUUUAGUUUGUCAAAAGUACUCACUGCAAUCAGCUGAAUGCAACCAGCCAUGCUCUGGGCUCCCCAAUCUCUCUCCCCUCCAACGAAAACUAAUAAAUGAAUAGAUGAACAACCUAUCCAUGUGACACUGAUGCAAAACCCCUGCAGGGAUACUAUGCAAAAGAAGGAAAAAUCAUUACCCCCCCUUCUUUCUCCCACCUCUCUCUCUCUCCACAUGUUUUCUCCUCACAAUGCCUAUGAUAGCAGUAUCUUACACCAAACGUAACUGACCUGUAGAUAGGAGUCUAUGAACUUAAAACAGAGAGACUAUAUGUACCUUUGUUAUCCAUGAAAAUAUUUCAAUAAAAAUAAUUUUUAACAACAAUAUUAUAGCUGAUAAGUGAGCAAAAUCCCUGAGCAGAAGCAGGCCAGCUUUGGAGGAGCAGGGGGUUGCAAACUGCCCAAAGUCAUUGCAAAUGCAAAGAGGGGAGAAAGGGCAAUGUGCCCAUUCGAUCCAGUGUUGCCUAUUCUGACUGGCAGCAGCUGUCCCGGCUGCCAGGUCCUGAGAAUUUCCUUUCCCCAUCGCUGCCUCCCUGCUCCUUUGAACAAAGUCAAAACUCCUGCAUGCAAAGUGGGACCGCUGUCACUUAAGUUAUGGCCCUCCGGAAUGACGCUAAACAUCAGAAGAAGGUGGUGUUGGUGUUUUGGGGCGACAAAUGAAUGGUGCUUGUUCCUCCGUAUUUUAUACUUGCAGCUGAGGAUCAGCUGGGCAAAACCAAAAGCAGAAAAGGCCCCACCCUCGUAUGACUACAGACGCAAAGAUAACACGACCUGGAUCAGUUGCCCUUUAACAUACUUCAAAAUAGUUCUGCACACACAAUCAGAAUGAUUAAUGUCUGAGAGGUGGCCUGCCCUGGAUGGAAUUGCUCUCUCCAGGAAGGAGUAAAUCUGCAGUUUGGCAUCCUCCUGCACUGUCAAUGGAGCCUCAACUGACCUUGGUGGCUAGAGUGCCUGUUUUCAGCUCUGGCCGCUUCACCAGAGGGACAGUCCCAGAUUUACAGAAACCAUUCUGGUUUUCUGAUUUGAUCCCAGAAUGCCCCCAUUUUCCUUAGGACAUCCCUAUUUUCAUUGGAGAAAUGUCAGAGGGUAUGGUGUUAUGCGACUCCCAAGCUAAGGAACUAAGAAACUCUACAACCUUUAGAAGACAUCUGAAGGCAGCCAUAUAUAGGGAAGUUUUUUAAUGUUUAAUGUUUUGUUAUGUUUUUUAUAUAUGUUGGAAACAGCCCAGAGUUGAUGGGGCAACUCAGUCAGAUGGCCGGGGUAUAAACAAUCAAAUUAUGAUGAUGAUGGAAUAGGACGUCCCUAUUUUCAUUGGAAAAAUGUUGGAGGGUAUGAAAGACAACUCGGAAACUUCAGUUGGUCCAAAAUACAGCAGCCAGAUUACUGGUUGGUGUCUUCAGAUCUCAGAUAGCCCCUGAUUCAAAACAGCUGCAUGGGUUUCCCGGCCUCAUUCAAGGUGCUCACAUUAAUGCCUUCUCUGGGGCAGCCCCUAAGUUGUGGAACACUCUCGCCACAGAGAUGCAUCUGGUGACUUUGUUAUCCAGCUUUCAUUGAACACUGAAGACACACCUCUUCAUCCUGACCUCUGGCCUCUUGACACUGUAUAUUUUAGGAGCCACCUUAUUUUUUAUUUUUUGUUUUUUUUAACUGUUUUUAAUAUUGUUAUAGGGUUGCUAUAUGUCUGGAACUUCCCGGACGUAGCCAGGAUUUGGCUGUCAGAAACAGUGUCCAGGCGGAAAUUGCAUAACUGUCCCGGACUUCCCAUGUCGGAAGUGUAGAUUUUGUUUAAUUUACUUAAAAUAGCUUCAUUUGUUGUUGUUGAGAUUUUUCAAAAAAAUUAAAAAAAGCUCAACAGUUUUGUGACUGUUUGAAAUGUGGCAACCCUAAUUGUGCAUUAUUGUGUUUUAAUAUUCAUGUUGUUUUUUAAUUGUUGUAACCUGCCCUGGGGCUCUAGAGUGACGGGCAGGUUAUAAAUUAUUGUAAAUAAUAAUAAUAAUAAUAAUAAUAAUAAUAAUAAUAAUUUUUUAAAUGGCAGGAGAUGCAAAAUUGUCUCUAGCCUGUCAGCAAAUUGCAUAGAGAGACUGUUAUUAUGCCAGUUCAUUCUUCCACAAUAAAAAAGCUCAAAAACACUGACAUCCUGGAGUUAAUCCAGAUCACCCUAUCUGGAAAAUUCACCAUACCGACACGCCUAGACUAGUGCUCAAAUUACAGAGGAGGCCAGAGCGGCCCAUCCUAUUUUGCAGAAGACUUUUAGAAAGCUACAGGGAGGCAAUGAUUUUAUUAUAACCAGAAGAAGCACUUGGUGUGAUGGUCUCUGGCAUACCACGCAUUUAAAACAUCCUUAUCCCCAGAGAUGCAGUGGCCGGGGGGGGGGAGUCAGUGGUUGGGGAGGGUCAAAGGCACAUUACUAUUUCUGCAGCAGGGACCCUGCCAUGACCCUAGAGCCACCAAAACAGUGUGAAAGGGGAGCCCUUUAGCCACUAAGAAGAUGCACUCCCAUUCAUUGUGCUGACCUGGAGCCAAUCAAGGUGAAAGGCGGAGAAUCAGCCACUGAGGAUUGGCUCCUAGGGUCACUCUGGAGAAGGCGCAUAGGAAGAACAUUGAGGUUGCCUUGUUCUGUGUGCUCCCAAGCUAAGCAUUUAGGAAUACUGAAAAUGCAAGGGGCUUCUGUUUCAAGAGACUGGCGUGCAAAUUCUGUUACGUACAACGAGGAAAACACAACGCGAGUCAAUCUGACAUAGGCAGCUGCCCCUGCCCCCCAAAAUCAAUCAAAUAAAUAAAAACACUUAAGUAAAAGUAGAAACUAUAGAAAAACUUUGACAGAUUUUUCUGAGCACUUGGGUUCAGAAGAAACAACUUGUUGAGGCAUUUCGUUCCAAAUCUGCUAGGCAGAGGAUGGUCACAGGUGGGUGUCCUGCCCCCCACCCAGCAUCAAUCCUGCCUGCACCCAUGCACUCCAAAAGCAGAUAUGGGUGCACUCCAAAUCAUUUGCACCAAACAUAGCAGAUCUAGCUGAAAGGCAAAACAUGGAGCUCUAUCCUCAUUCUGUGAGACGUCGUCAGAGUUCAAAGACAUAUUCCCACCAGGAAAAAAACACCCAAGGAAGGUGCAAAGAAGUAGGGUAUAGCCUAGCAGGUGGGUCUGGCCUGUGGGAAGGUAGGCCACUUAGCGGAGACUCAUGCAGCGGCGCCUGUUCUUCUCGCCCACAGGUUAUGGACACACGGUCCCUCUCUCGGCUUUGGGCAAAAUAUUCUGCAUCCUGUACUCGCUGCUGGGCAUCCCCAUGACCCUGUUGCUCCUGGCCUGCCUGCUCCAGCACCUUCUGCCCCUCCUCAGCCACCGUCCCGUCCGGUUCAUCCAGACACGCUGGGGUUUCCCGCUGGCCCGCGUGGCCCUUGUCCACGCCAUGGGGCUGGGGCUGGCCACCCUGGGGCUCUUCAUCCUCAUCCCUGCCAUCUGCUUCUGGGCCCUGGAGGGCAGCUGGAACUUCCUGGAGUCGGUGUACUUCUGCUUCAUCUCCCUCAGCACCAUCGGCCUGGGCGACUACGUGCCGCGAGGGAGUUCACAGCCGCCUCUGCACGAGCUCUACGAGCUUAGCAUCACUUGUAAGUCACUAGGCGGCGCUGCUGCACACUUAUUAAUUAUUAUUAAUGCGUAAUUAUAAGAUCACUGUUAUCUUCUUAGUUACGGAAUCUGAGAAGGGGGCAUGGCUGCCCCUGCCGUGAAGGAACCCUGCAUUUCUGAAUUUGCUAUUGCACUACUGGUUGGGAAUAAAGUGUUAAGGUUGAAGGUUUAGGCUUCAAGGAAAACUUCCAAGUCUCUCUCUCCCUCCCUCCCUCCCUCUCUCUCUCUCUCUCUCUCUCUCUGGUCAGGCAUUUAAAUUAGCCAGAAGCUGUUCAAAUCCUCACUUAGCUAAUGGGCUCGACCAAGCAGAUGGGCUCAGAUUUCCGCUUAGUCUGUAAAAUGGGGACUAUCGACCUUCCGCAGCGUUUGAAACAGAAGUGGAAGCAACUUUCACAAUGCCCUUUUUGCAGCGGAUGCGAGCUAGAACGUUGUUGUUGUUGUUGUUGUUGUUGUUGGUGUUAUUCCGCCCUUCAUUCAUAACAGUUCAAGACAGUUCACUGAAUCAAGUGCAGGAUAAAAAUAAGUAAAUGAGUAAAACAAAACAGCAACCUCCCCCUUCCUACAGGGACAUUUAAAAGGGUAUAACAUAUUAAUCAGCCCAAGGCCUGGUUGAAGAGAAACGUUUUUGCCCGGUGCCUAAAAAUAUAUAACGAAGGUGGCAGGUGAACCUAGAUGCAAUGUUGUCUCUGCCCCAAAUGGCUUACAAUCUGGAUUAAGACCUCCAUAGCAAACGUGGGGUGAGAAGUCAAGGGCUGAGGUAGGGGACACAUGGGGAGGCUGGCCAUGAGAGAAGAAGUCAAGAGGGUGGGUAGGUAGGUGAGGCAUGGGUGAGAGGUCAAAGGGAGAAAUGAAAGGGGGGGAGGCAAGGUACGAAAUAUUGUCAAAUGGGGGAACUGAAACAAUGAGGACUAGUAGCUUGGUUUCCUGGCAUGCUCUGGUCCUUGGUUUUGCCUGGCGUGCUCUGGUCCAUGGGGUCGCAAAGAGUCGGACACGACUAAACAACAACAACAACAAGCUUGGUUUCCGGUGGAAAGGGCCUAUAAAGGGGACAUCGUGAUUAGGAAAUGCUACGACUAUGCUCAAGAUCAGUUGGGGAGUUUUGUUUUUUUUAAAUAAUGCUGCCCCUCCCUCACUGACCUUUAUUUUCAAACACACACCAGGCUAUCUCCUUGUUGGCUUAUUGGCCAUGCUUGUGACUCUUGAGACGGCCUAUCAGCUACAGGAAGUCCGGGCUUUUGUGUGUUUCUUUGCUCCUGCCAGUGACCCACCCCAGGAGGACGACGACCGUCUGGAGAUCUUGGCCAGAGACCAGCUUGCCUUGGCCACAGUGUCUGGUUCCACUUCCCAAGAUGUGCCUAUGGAAAGAGGGGCCACUUGACAUCUCCUGGGGGGAGCCAACCCUCCCCCAGUCACCGGAUGCUUUACUUUUCUUUAUUUGCGUUCUUGCUAUUUUACUGUAUUUUAUUAUAUUUGUAUUAUUAUUGUUGUUGUUGUUAACUGCCCCGAGCGCCAUUUGGCGGAAAGGCAGGGUGCAAAUUUAACUGAUGUAAAAUAAGAAACUGCACCCUCAGCUCCUCCUGCCCCUGCCCAGCCUUCAGUUUGUACCCUAGAAAGGAAGAUUAUAUGUGAUAGAGAAGCAUGCAGAGAGGAAGCAAAGGCUUUGCAGGGCAUGGAGAAGCCACAAGUAGAAAGCCUAUAUUUUCUCUAGGGGGGGGGGAGGGAAAACAAACAGCAAGAACUGAACCCUCUCCUCGAAUGCAGCGCUUUGUGAUUCUGUGGGAUGACUCCAUUCAAGCAUGGUUGAUCUAUGUCCAAUCGCUCUUCUAAAAAGAAGAAUCCAGGAAGCAGUGCAAAUUUGACACCACCUCCCAGACUCACGUAGAACUCUCCUUCGUUCUUUCUCGGGCCACAUUCACAACGUAAGUAAAAAGCAUUACGAUGCCACAUGGCUUCCCCCAAAGAAUUAUGGGAACGGUAGUUUGUUAAGAGAGGAGACCCCCCAUUCCCCUCACAGAAAUGCAAUUCCCAGAGUGGUUUAUCAAUCGACCCCUCUUCCCAGGAAUGAGGAGAAUUGUAGUUCUGGGAGAGGAAUACAGGCCUCCUAAACUCUUAGCAUCUUUAACAAACUACAGCUCCCAUGAUUCUUUGGGGGAAGUCACAGCUUUUAUCUUAGUGCUUUAAGCAUAUGGUGUGAAUGUGCCCACCCCAGCACAUUAGAACCUAAGAGAUGCAGUAGCCAUGAAAAUCCCUCAACAUGCACAGCUAUUAGGCUGCACCACACAUAGUAAUUUUUAAAAGCUUCCAUACAUACAAGGAAGGAAAGCUGUGGUUUGGAUGCGGAGACCUUAUAUGCUCCUCCCAGUCGAUUUUGAGAUAUUUCCCACUCUGGGUAUGUUUAGCCUGGAAAAGAGGAGACUGAGAGGAGAUAUGAGAGCCAUCUUCAGAUAUUGCAAAGGCUGCCACAUGCAAGAGGGAACAAGCUUGUUUUCUCCUGCUCUGGAGGGGAGGACCCGAACCAAUGGCUUCAAGUUGCAAGAAAGGAGAUUCUGACUAAACAUCAGGAAGAACUUUCUGACAGCAGGAGCUGUUCUGACAGUGGAACGGUCUCCCUCGGGAGGUGGUGGACUCUCCUUCCCUGGAGGUCUUUAAGGAGAGGAUGGAUGGUCGUCUGUCUGGGAUGCUUUAGCUGAGAUUCCUGCAUUGCAGGGGUUGGACUAGAGGACCCUGCCAACGAUUCUGUGAUGAUGCUGUCCUUCCACUGUCAGAGGCAGGGUGUAGUGUAAUUUGCCAAGCAACGAAUGCAGAUUUUACCUUUGUACAGCAGGUGAGUUUCUACAUUCACUCCUGUAUCUGCCAACCAGGAAAGCACAAGGUGUUAGCAGAGUUUGAGAGCAUUUUCCAGUCUAGCAAAACACUAGGGUGAAAGCCACAGCUGAGAAGAGGAUUUGUAGCCUGGGCAGAUUCCAAAGGGUCAAACACAGAGGCCUCAAGGGCUGCAUUUUGUUCCUCGGCUUCAGGUACCUGAACAAAGCCGGUGCAGUUAUGUUUAUCUGGCUGUCAAAAGGGUAAUUAUUCUGGCUGCAUGAGUAAGUCAAGGCACUUUAUGUAUCUAAAUAUAGGAAUAUAUUUUCCUAUUCUUCUUUUUUAAAAUUAUUUUUACCCCACCCUGGGGUCCUUUGGGAGGAAGCGUGGGAGAACUAAAUAAAUGAGUGGUGAUUUUGGAAACCACCCAGAGACUGUUGGGUUUGGGGGCAGCACAGAAAGGCAGUUAAAUAAAUAGUCUGUGUGACUCUUUCAGAGGAGGGCAGUUCCCUUGCAGCAAUCGGUGAGGGUCGCAAUCCAUUAGCAGAGGAGAAAGAGGGUUAGAGUAAUGAGUUCUUACUUAUUUAUACAGCUUACACAGUCAAUUAGCACAAAGAUGAGAUUAGACUAUGAGUGGAAAAAGGCUGACUGAUUGUAACAAGCCAGGAGCAAAAACUAGAGGUGGUACAGCCUACUUCCUAGAAGUCUUUGCUCCUGCCUAGUCAAGGGACAAGGGCUGUUUCCCAACCCAAUGCCUGCAUGAUGCCAGAAAUAAACGCCCCUGCCAUCUCUAUUGCCCCUUGUCCUCUUUCCCGUAUUCUCUACCCCAUUUUCUCUGAUUCCUGC